AUCCUUAUACCUCUAUGCGCUGAACUCCGCGCGUUUCUCUCCACGCAUUCGUACUUAUAUUACCCUGGAUUUUCAUCGUUAUAUUCACUUAUUGAUGUUUAUUGAACAAUGGCAGCCGCCGUUCUCGGUCGCGUGCUCGUGUACGGGGGCAAAGGAGCCCUCGGCUCUACUUGCGUCACUCAAUUCAAAUCGAAAAACUGGUGGGUUGGGUCCAUCGACAUGAGAGAGAAUGACCUCGCAGAUGUCAACGUUAUCGUCCCAUCCAAUGCAACAUGGGAAGAACAGGAAAACCAGAUCUUGUCGCAAAUUAAAGAAGUUCUGAAAGGGGAGAAGCUGGACGGUGUUAUUUGCGUGGCAGGUGGCUGGGCUGGUGGUAAUGCAGCAAGCAAAGAUUAUGUCAAAAAUAGUGAUCUGAUGUGGAAGCAAAGCGUCUGGAGUUCAGUAAUUGCCUCUAGUAUUGCUGCCCACCAUUUGAAACAGGGAGGUUUCCUAACGCUGACUGGUGCCAAGCCUGCAAUUGAGGGAACACCUGGUAUGAUUGGGUACGGAAUGGCCAAGGCGGCUGUUCACCAAUUGACAAAGUCAUUGGCUAAUGAAGGAAGCGGUCUUCCUAAGGAUUCUCUUGUUGCCACAAUUUUACCCGUCACACUAGAUACUCCUAUGAACAGGAAGUGGAUGCCAGAUGCUGAUACGUCAACGUGGACGCCAUUGGAAUUUGUAGCAGGGCUAUUUUUCAAAUGGGGUCAAAAUCAGGACAGACCGUCAAAUGGAAGCCUUUUGCAGCUGAUCACUAAAAAUAAUCAGACGGAAUUAAUAACUGUCUAAGAUUGGAAACAACCAAGCUGUCGAAGAUGAAAUACGAACUACCAUGACAAUACUGCAAUUCUGUGAACAUAUUUGUAGGCAUAAGUCGAUUUUGAACGUGGACCAAUUUUAUUUUUAGUCGGCCCUCAACACGAAUCCGAUGUAGAAAUUGUACAGCUUUAAGCAUUUUUUUUUAAAUUUGCUGCAUAUUUUGCGUCUCGAAAGGUAAUAUACUUUUGCUCGUUCCAAACGGUGCUUCUAAUAAUUGAUACAGAUAUAUGUAAAGCAAAUAAAUUGAUCGAUUCGAUUUA